AUGGCAGCACACAGCAAUUAUUCUAAGAAAGCUACUGGAAUAGCUAUCCUGUAUACAGUGGCCUGGAAACCUGAAAAAUUGACCAUCACAUACAAGUUGGCUGAAUCCUUCAAACUAGUCAGCGGUUUGGAUUCCCAGCUUUUUAUGGAAAAAUUGUGCCAUCUACUGGUCACUAACUUCACAAGAAAGAACUCUGGGGAAACAGAAAACUACGUAUUACACUACAGUGCAGAUGUAAUGCCCCAACUCAAGAGCUGCAAGCAGAAAGUUCACAGAAACAAAAGGAUGGUUUCUUUGGAGUGCAGUAAAUUCCCCUUAUUUUGCUUUCCCCAAGACAGAGUGCAAUUUAUGAUUUUCAGGCACUAA